UCGUGGGACGCGGGUGGGGGUUGGUAGACGAGGCCCAAGGGGCGGGGCCAACGCGAGCGAGUAGGCGGGACCACGCGAGCCCUCCCUCUAGCUACUGGAGGCCGGGCAAGGGGGCGGGGUUUCCGGCGGUAGCGGCUCUCGGGCGUCGGGUGACGCUAGGAGGACGAAUCGUCACGUGACACGGAAGUGACUACGAACAGGAAGAGGACGAAAAAAAUAACCGUCCGCGACGCCGAGCUGAACCGGACCAGCAGCCACCAUGAACAGCAAAGGUCAAUAUCCAACGCAGCCAACCUACCCUGUGCAGCCUCCUGGGAAUCCUGUGUACCCUCAGACCUUGCAUCUUCCUCAGGCUCCACCCUAUACUGAUGCUCCACCUGCCUACUCUGAGCUCUAUCGUCCAAGCUUCGUGCACCCCGGGGCCGCCACAGUCCCCACCAUGUCUGCUGCAUUUCCUGGCGCCUCACUGUAUCUUCCCAUGGCCCAGUCUGUGGCUGUUGGACCUUUAGGUUCCACAAUCCCUAUGGCUUAUUAUCCAGUUGGUCCAAUCUAUCCGCCUGCCUCCACCCCCUGGAUGCCCUCCCAACGCCGCUCAGCUUGCAGUCAUGCAGGGAGCCAAUGUCCUCGUAACUCAGCGGAAGGGAAACUUCUUCAUGGGUGGCUCAGAUGGUGGCUACACCAUCUGGUGAAGAACCAAGGCCACCUCCGUGCCGGGAAAGACAUCACAUACCUUCAGCACUUCUCACAAUGUAACUGCUUUAGUCAUAUUAACCUGAAGUUGCAGUUUAGACACAUGUUGUUGGGGUGUCUUUCUGGUGCCCAAACUUUCAGGCACUUUUCAAACUUAAUAAGGAACCAUGUUAUGGUAGCAGUACCUCCUUAAAGCAUUUUGAGGUAGGGGAGGCAUCCAUUCAUAAAAUGAAUGUGGGUAAAGCAGCCCUGAGGAUCUUCCUUUAAUUCCUCUGGAGUACUACUGUACCAUACUGGUCUUCGCUCUUAGUAAUAAAACAUCAAAUUAGGUUUGGAGGGAACUUUGAUCUUCCUAAGAAUUAAAGUUGCCAAAUUAUUCUGAUUGGUCUUUAAUCUCCUUUAAGUCUUUGAUUUCUAUUACUUGUUAUAAAUGAAAUGCAUUAGUUGUCUGCCUUUCCCUCCUUUGCCCCAUGGCCCACCCUCACCCCUAGUCUUCCAGUUCCUUCCCGCCAAUCUCCAUUGAAUCAAUGGUGCAGGACAGAAAGCCAGUCAGACUAACUUCCUUCUCUCCUUGCACUUGUCCCCACUUGCCAUCUUUUAACUAGUCUUUCACAAGGAUCCUCUGAAACUCUCUCUGUGCCCCAGGCACAGGCCCCAUUACUUCUGCUUUUGCAUCUCCUCAGGCAAAAGUGGAGGGUGCCCCUCGGACCCUCCUUACAGGUUGUUUUUUCAUCUGUGAACCAAACUCCAAUUUGCUUCGGUGCCAGAAAAACAGAGCUCUAUUUGAACCAAGGGUAUCAAUGCAAACUAUAAACAGGUUUGUUUAAAAAUGUGGGGGCAAGGAGGAGGAUGCAUUUCAAAAGCCUGAUGACAUCAGAGCCAAAUUAGGGGAAGUUUUCGCACCCAAAAACUGGUUAUCGUUCAUUGUCAGAGUAUCUCAUGUAGGCCUUCAUGGCUCCCGAGAAUUCCUCAGCCAGUUUAAUGGGGUCAUAUUAUGAGUCCCUCACUACAAAAUGACUUGAGUCCAGUAAAAUCUCAUUAGGGUUAAGAAUAUUUCAGGGAUCCUUAAUAUUUUGAUUUUUGUUUUCUGAAUUGGAUUUUAUUUUAUCUUAUAAUUUCAGUUCAUCUAAAUUUUGUGUUCUGUCCAUGUGAUGUUUGACUGUACCAUUGACUGUUAUGGAAGUUCAGCGUUGUAUGUCUCUCUCUACACUGUGGUGCACUUAACUUGUGGAUUUUUUAUACUAAAAAUGUAGAAUAAAGACUAUUUUGAAGAUUUGAAUAAAGUGAUGAAGUUGCAUUACACCUCA